AUACGUUAAAGAGCUCGAGUCAAAUCUGAUCUACCUCUCUCUCUACUGUGUUAACUGUUACAGUUAUAAUUAAUUAUUAUACUUAUAUUACAUUUUCGAAUUUUCGAGAGAUAUUUACUUAUACGAACAGAUAAGUGCGUACACUUACUGUUCAGUUCGCAGUUUAAGCACGCGGUAUUCACUAUACAGUUAGCAUUAUAAGUUUCACGUUAGUGGUUGUUUUUUUUUCUUUCGUUGAAAAUCGAAUGUGAGACACGUCUAUUUAUCGUAAAUAUACCAUAUACCGCCAAAUUUCCUUCCAAAAAAACCAAACCUAUCACAAAAAUGGAAGAAGUAAAGAUGAUCGAAAGCGGAUUCACCACUCAAUUAAAAUCUCGGAUCAAAGAUAAAAUCGAAGGUCAUCCGUUAUGGGGCUCGCAAUGCCUGCUUACAGAUCCCACAGCCGUUAUCGAUACACAUCGGGAAUACGUUCGAAGUGGUGUCGAUAUCCUCAUCACUAACACAUACCAAGCCAGCAUACAAGGGUUCAAGAAAUACCUUAAUUUAGACGAAACUCAAAGCUUCGAACUGAUCAAACAAGCUGUACAAAAUUGUCACGAUGCUAUUGCCAUUGAAAAAAGUCAAAAAACCAUUGAUCACAAUAAAAAACACCUUAUCGCCGGUGCUAUCGGUUCAUUCGGCGCAUACCUGGCAGAUGGAUCCGAGUACAACGGUAAUUACAUAGACAAAUACAAUAUCGAUUAUAUACGAGAUUGGCAUCGACCGCGGAUACAGGCUUUGGUCGAAGGAGGAGUCGAUAUCAUCGCAUUCGAAACUCUACCCGUUCAAAAAGAAGCCGAAAUGUUGGUCCAACUGGUCAAAGAAUUUCCAAACGUGAAAGCUUGGUUAUCGUUUUCAGGCAAGGAUGAAAGACACAUAGCUCACGGAGAAGAGUUCCAACAAGCUGCUUUAAAAUGCUGGUCAUUGAAUCCCGAUCAACUUAUCGCCAUCGGAGUCAAUUGCACUGAAUCUAGGAUAUCCACCGAACUCCUAUCCACCUUGGUUGGUAAAAAUGUUCCCAUGAUUGUGUAUCCGAAUGCUGGUCAGAUAUGGGAUGGAAAAAAUAAAGUCUGGAAGACGCCAGAGAAUAUCGAAUCCGUUGAUCAGCUGGUGGAAAAAUGGUGCGACAUGGGUGUCAAGUACAUAGGAGGAUGUUGUGGUACUACCAUGGAAACUAGACGUUUUAUGAGAAAAGUGAUCGACGAGUAUAACGCCAGAUCGAAGUCGAGCACCAAUUGAUAAAAAUUAAGUAAAGACUCACGACUAAUUUUACCCACCUGAUGAUCCUGCCUUUCUAAACAAAAUUCAGUAUAGGUACAUAAAGUUAUUAUAAAGACCGAGGAGGGGGGAGGAAGGGUACCUCGUGUAUUUUUAAUCAUUUAAGACGUGUGGCUGUUGAUAUAAUAGCCACUAUAUAAGCUGAAAAUAUAUUACGUGAAAUUGUUCUAAAUUGUAAUUUAAACAUUUUAUUAUGUGUAGGUAUUUAAUUUGUACUGUGUGUUUUGUAUUGGCAAAUAAAAUGUCUUGAGACUUUUCAA